AUUUUUUCUACCGGAGUGUUAUAUUUUUUGCAUAUAAUCUCAGUUAAUCUAUUUAAUUUAUUUGUAAUUUUCUCAAAUUUUUUGUAAAAAAAACACAAUAAAAUGGCAGCCGCCGAUAAAACCUGCAACAUGUGCGAUAAAUUGGGUUUGAAACCCUUCACCAAAGAAAACAUUUACUAUUACUACAUUCCCCUACAGGGUUUGGUCAGUUAUGGAGCAUUAUCGGUUAAUGUUAUGAAUCCCGCUUUGAUCUCCAAGAUUCUUACACCCAAAAAGGAUUUAACUAAUGUUUUGCUUUUGGGCUCAAUUGUGGGUGGUGCUUUCUAUGUCUAUGGUCGUCCUGCCCUGGCCGAGGUGCCCAAUAGCAAACGCGGUUUGUAUGCUACCUUGGGUGGUGGUCUAUGGGCCAUGGGCUCUGUUUUAGGCUGGGCCAUUAUUAAAUCUGUACUGCCUAGAGAUAAUGCUGCUGUGGCUACUAUUGCUGGUUUGGCUACUGGUGCUGCCAUCGUUAAGGUGACCACAGAUUACUUUGCCGAUACCGAUAAAUUGGCGAAAAAGAACUAAAAUUAUAUGGAGUUCGUUCAAAGUUAUCAUAAUCUUGAAACCUGUGUGCUAGUAGUAGAAGUAGCUGUGUCU